GUUGCGUUGCUAGCGUUCGCAGUGGCAGCUUGUGGGCAAAGUGGAGUGGAUUUUAUGCGAGUGUUUUAUUCAUCCCAUCGGAUCGUAGUAGACGUACUGUUUUGCUGCCAGUUCCGCGCCUCAUUCGUUCAGCGGGCAGGUUGAGAAGCAAGGCGUACGUUGAAAGUAUAAGGCGGAAGGAAACACCUUCCUCAUAAGGUGAAACUUUUCUGAUCGAGUUACCCAGUUGGUGCUUACAGUUCGAGUGGUGGUAAAUUGAAAACAAAACAGGGCAGGAGCGAGAAAAAAAAACGAAUGAAAAGGUUCACCGUCCGGAAUGUGUCACAUGCUGGGAAGGAAGGCUGCCCAAAACAGGUGAACCGGGCAGAUAAGUUAGCGGCAGCAAGGGCAAGCGCAAAAGUUUAAAUCUGCUCUGGCCCCAACGUGUCUCCCUCCAACCUGUCAAAGAUUGCAGCAAGGUAAAGUAAGGAGGGAAGUAAAAGACACGCACCACCGGAAGGAUUUACCGGAAGCGGAGGGAGCGGGGGAGGUAAGCGAGCGGAGUGAGUGUGUUUGAUUGCCGGCAAGCAGUGUGACAAGUGGAACAAGCAAAGUGGCACUUUAAGUGGGACAGAAAGGAACGGUUUGAGUUUGUAGGGAGGGAAAAAACUCGCGACAGUUUAUUUAUAAACAUACGGACCGAGGUAAACAUUGCUCUCUUUUUGGUGCUUUAUAAGUAGCUGAGUUUUGUAGCUACUUUUUGGCAAAGUUUAGUAAGUGAAAAGGUAAUUAACCUGCAAGCUGAGGAGUUUUGCUUAAAAUAAUUUCACGUUGUUAGCGAGAUAUAAGCAACGGUCGUUUCAAAAGCAACGAAAAAAAAACAGCAUCAACGCCUGCUGGGUUGUUUUAGCUCGUAAAGAAAACGUUAACCAAAACGCCAUCCAACAGAGAACAGCUGUCAUGUUGUGCGCCCCCCGCUACUGUGAUGAUUAACGUGCACAUCGUGUUCGGUUGUUUGCGGCUGUAGCAGAAAGGUUCGCGCGUUCUUUGCACUCCUCAUCUAAUCACAUCGUACAACUUUAACCGCAAAUUUCGUAACCGGCGCACAGUCGGUCGAGCUACAUUCAGGCAGCAGCAGUCGUCCAAACGAUUUACCACAGAUUCGGCCAGUGCAGCACUGUUAACCCGGCACUGUUGAUAACAGGUUCGCUCGGCAAAGCCUCCAACAACGAGCCGGCAAUCGGAGCGGUGGUGCACGAUACCGCACCAGCUGGUGGGCCAGUGGGAGUGGUGCGUGAGAACUUUGCACACCCAUCCAUCGCCUCCGUCCAUUUGUCGGGGGCAGCCAGCAUGUUCUUCUUUCUGUUCUUCGCAUCCGAUGGGUGCAAAAAAGUGUGUCACAUUUUAUCGCAACUGGUCGCCGCCUGCCUCCGGAAGUAUCGCAGCGGCGGCGCCAACGGCCAGUGGAUAGGGGUGAAAGUGUAAGGUUGUGCGGGUAGCGCGCAUCUUGUAGCGCUCGAUGGCGGAAGUCGGCUGCGUUUGACAUCGCUACGCACGGAUCUCAGUAGUCGUUGGUGCGUCGUCGAGGUGCGUUGUCGACCUCUUAGCGCCUCGCAGCUUCUUCAGUGGUUCAGUGGUGGCUUUACCCUCCGCUGGAGAUUCUUUAAAGCCUAUCCGCAGGAGUGGUGGUGAAAUUGAGGCAGUAGUGUGCAGUAGUGGUGUGGGGUAAAAGUUCCAGUCGGGGAGGGUGACUAGAGUAAUCCUUUACCAUCGGUGCGGUUGGGAGUCUACUCGGCUCCGGAAGCAGCGCGUGGGCACAGCAAGAAGUGAGUAGAAUCUGGACGUCCGGUAUUAUUCAUUCCGGGCGCUAUUGUGUGCACGAGUGUAGCUUAGUACGUGGGUGCACAAAUGAGCCGUGCCUGAGUGUGCCCUGUGUGUGUGUGUGUUUCGCGAACGUAUGAUUAAGUGUACAGUGCCAGUGGUUUCGAAGGUCGAACCCGAGUGCCCGCGCUGUCUGGGACGGAGCGCUUUAGUUCAAGUGGCAGUGUCAGUUUUGCAAACGUUCCGCGCGUCCGUUGUUGUGCGGUGUGAUUUCCGUCAACCCUUGCGUGUGUGUGUGUGCACGUGAUAGAGAAACCGACCUCCCCCCGAGUUCGUUUGGCGGAGCUGGCGCUGCUGCCACGUAAUCAAAAGCCACAGUACCAGAGGUCGGCACACAAGUUGGCUGUGUAAAAUCGCCAUCUUUAGUGGAGUAGUACGUCCCGCCCAACACAACCAACACGAACUAGACGAGCGUGUGAGUGUGUGAAAUUGAAAUGUCAAUCGUGAUAGCCCCGAGCGCACCCGUAACCAUCAUUUGCCACCGUUCGACGUGAAGCCUUUAGCUAGCGGUGCUGUUUUUUUUAAACAUAUCGAUACCAUCACCAAAUCUUCUCUUCCCCUUGCCCACCCCACGCCCUCCAAUCGUGGGAUGGAACGUGCCGAGACGCGGACAGGGAAAAUGAGCACCCGCAAGUCAUCUCCAUCCGCCGGGGAAGCGGUGGCACCGAAAACUGCUGACCUGUCAUCGACACCGUCCGUGGCGGUAGCAGCCGCCACAUCAUCGCGCCGCUCGAACCGGAAACCUGCCAAAAGGGGAAGCCCCACCGCCGAACAGUAUGCACCGGCGAAACAACACACCCCGACCACGCUCAGCCUCGGCCAGGUGUACGUCCUGCUGGCGGUACUGCUGGUCGGUAUGUUCGUGCUGUCGGCGGCCCUGCUCGCCUACGUCGACCGGCGGCUACCACCGGCCGAGCUGCACCACCAUCCGACCGCGUCGCUCGAGGAGGACGUGCGCCGCCAGGUCGAAACGAUCCUGAGCGACUACUGGAAGAGUAACAUCGAUAAAUUGAGUGCGGAUCUGCUGGCGCACGCGAGACGGGCCGCGCCAGAACUUAGCAGCACUUCCUUGCCUUACUUAGUAGCGAAUCAGAGAGUACAAAACGAGCGGAAGCUACCACCGUUCCGGGAACCGUCCGGCCGCCCGAAGCGUGAUCUGAGCCUGUUCGAUGAUAAUCUGGUCCCGGAUCAGGAAGGUCCAAAUGUGGAGUUCUUCAAUCCGAAGCUGCGAUCCGAGCUGGAGAAAAAGGAUGCAGAUAUUAUGAAGAAGACCGGGCUGAAGGGUGCCGCCCCCGGUGGCGAUAGUUGGGUUUGGCUGACGAGCUAUUCUCGCAUUCCGUUCGAUGCCAUCACCGGCUUUUGCCGAGCGACGAAGGAAUACUGCCCACCCGGACCACCGGGACUGCCCGGCAUACCGGGCCCGAAAGGUAAUCGGGGCGAUCCUGGCCUGCCCGGUCCGCCCGGUGUCGAUGGGCGCGAAGGUAAACCGGGCCCGCGCGGUCCAAAGGGUGAGAUUGGCUAUCCGGGCAAUCCGGGGCUGGAUGGAAGGGACGGUGUACCGGGUGAGCCGGGCCUGGACGGUGUGCCGGGACGGGCCGGUGCGGAUGGCAUCCCGGGCAAAGAUGGCAAGGAUGGAAUUCCCGGUAUCGAUGGGCGCAACGGUAUCGACGGCAAGGAUGGAUUAGCAGGCCCGAUCGGACCGGCGGGACCGCCCGGACUGCCUGGACCGAGAGGCAUCCACGGACCGAAGGGCAAACAGGGCCGACCGGGCACGAACGGUACGCCCGGCACGCCGGGCAUCAACGCGUGGAAGGUGAAGGUGAACGAUACGUUCUCGAACGAGCUGCUCGUACCGCCGUCGAUUGCCGGCGCCGGCACGGUGGAAGCACUCCGGCCCAUCAUCGUCCACGAGGGAACGCACCUGCGGCUACGGUGUGCCGCCACCGGGACACCAAGACCGCACGUCGAAUGGCGUCGCGCCGAUGGCAAAACCAUCUCCAACGGUGCAUGGGAAGCCACAUCGAUGGCCGGGCACACGCUCAACAUAACCAAAAUCAAUCGCGUGCACAUGGGCGCGUACCACUGCCUGGCGGACAAUGGCAUCUCACCGCCGGCGAACCAGACGUUCAACAUCGAGGUGCAUUUCCCACCACUAAUACGGGUGAGAAAUCAAAUGGCGUACGCCGUGAACGGCUCGACGGUAACAUUUGUCUGCGAGAUCGAGGCGUUCCCCGAGGCACUGAAGUACUGGGAACGGUUCCCUGGUGGACGACUGCUCGAGCCCGGUGAUAAAUUCCAGAUGGAAACCCAUUACGAUGGGUACAAAUCAGUCAUGCGGUUGAACAUCACCAACAUCCGGCCGUCCGAUUUCGGUGAGUAUCAUUGUGUCGCGAAGAACGAGCUCGGCAUGACGGAGGCCGAAUUUCAUCUGAUGGAGCACUCGCCGUUCAUCAUCCGGCCGCCCGGCUCGACCGACAUCAACGUGUACGGUACGAAGCCGCCGGAAAAGGAGUCGUACGAGGACAUCUGCGGCCCGCCGACCACCUGCCCGGAGUGUCCGGAUCCGAGGGACUUCAAAUGCAAGGACACGAUCGUUUCGCUGUACGACCUGGUGGGCAAUCUGGAAAUCAAACCCAUCGGAAAUGUGAGCUUCACCGGGCUGCCGAACCGGACCACCGACUGUGUCCUGUACGCGGUCGGUAAGCCGGUCUACCACAAGUACACCGAGCAGCUGUACGGUGCCUGGCUGAAGGAUCCGGCCGCACGGAACGAUGCGAUGGAGAAGAAGGUGUGGGCCACCAGGGAAAACGACACUCAUCGGCUGUUCGAGUUCGCCAACAAAACCACGUACCGGAACAACGUGGCCACCAAGACGUACCGGUUGGAGCGUCCCUUCCGGGGAAACGCGCACGUGGUUUACAAUGGGUCUUUCUACUAUAACGAGCGUAACUCGCCCCGCAUCAUCAAGUACGAUCUGAACGUGGAACGACAGACGGCAAUGAACGAGCUGGAGGGUGUCACCACGAACGGUUCCAAUUAUCUCUACACUACCGAAAUUAAUUACAUGGACUUCAACGUGGACGACAAUGGACUGUGGGUAAUUUACGGGACGCCCGAUUCGAACAACACAAUGGUUGUCAAGCUCAACGAAAACAAUCUCACGGUACAGUACGGGUGGAACAUUAGCGUAAAUCAUCACAAGGUGGGCGAAAUGUUCAUCGUGUGCGGUGUCCUGUACGCGAUCGAUUCCGUCACGGAGCGGAACACCAAGAUCCGACUGGCGCUCGACCUCUACCACAGCAAGCUGCUGGACGUGAGCCUUGCCUUUACGAACCCAUUCCGCAAGACGACCACCGUGGGGUACAAUUUCAAAAACAAGGAACUGUACACAUGGGACCGGGGCAAUCAGUUGACCUACCCGAUACGGUACCACGAGAUAGGCUACAAUACGACCGCCACCGAGAAGGCGGACGACGGUUUGAACCCGCAGAUGCAGACCGGAUACGACAUUUACAACGAUCACGACGCCGAAACGGAGGAUGUACGCUAAUGCGGCCACUGUGCGGCCUGGGGAACGGAGAAGGGAGAAAAGGACACAUGACACAUGACAGGUCGCUUCACUUUCGCUUAGGCUGCGGUUCCAUUCCCUUUUUGUACAGUUGUGGUAUUUUUUUGUAGGUUUUUGAUUUUGUUUAAAGACACAAGUUUUUUUUUCCUCUUUUUCUUCGCAUGGUUGGGUAAAAUGCAAAUCUUUUGCCUAGUACAGUCCGGCAUCGUAGUUUGACAAACUUUUUCUUUGCCUCCCUCCCCCCCUCUGAUUGGAGGACACAUUUAUAUGAUGGUGAAAUGUCCGGCUAUGGAUGAUGCGACGACAGAUAGAAUUUAUUCGAUCCCUCGCUCACCAUGUUUACAAGAGCGGGCGGAGAGGAAACGAAUGAAGAAUAGAAAAAAAGGGAACGACUAGGUGAAACGGAAAAAGGUAGAAACUGACGUGAACAUAUUUUGAAAUGUUGGUAUACAAAGCACAUACACAUAUAUACAGAUGAAGGGAAAGAAAGAAGGUAUCA